UAUUACACCGCGUGAGUCCACGUAUGCGUCAGUGCUCGAUGUGACAUUGAAUAGGGGAGCUAGCUUUAGAGAAAGGCAAAGAGAGAGAGAGAGAGAGAGAGAGAGAGAGAGAGAGAAGCGAUUUCGCGGAUUACUUCGUCGAGACAGAUAGUCGGCGUCGCGCACUUUUCCUUCUGCCGUCCGUCGCAUAUCCGUCUUUGCAGCAAUUUCACGAGCGGGUGUCGUUCGAUUCGGGUGACGCGUUGGAAGAAAACUAGAGCGUGUCGGCAGCAUGACACUGUGGCCGAACGUCGCAUUCCCCCGAAGUUGCGACCUCAAGGGGGUUCUCCUACGGAGGAUACCUAUCCUGGGAUGGCUGCCUCUGUACAGUUGGAGCAAACUUCUGCAGGACACUUUGGCGGGGUUGACAGUGGGUCUGACCGCGAUACCGCAGGGUAUAGCGUAUGCAAUAGUGGCUGGACUUCCGGCUCAGUACGGCCUGUACAGCAGUUUCAUGGGGUGCUUCGUUUAUCUGAUCUUCGGGAGUAGCAAGGAUGUCACGGUGGGUCCUACCGCAAUAAUGGCUUUAUUGUCGCAACAGCACGUUAUGAGGCUGGGUGAAGAUUUCGCCGUACUUAUGUGCUUCUUAUCGGGUGUCUUGAUAACGGCAAUGGGAGUACUUCAUUUGGGAUUUCUCGUGGAUUUCAUUAGCAUGCCCGUAAUAUGCGGUUUCAGUAAUGCCGCGGCGGUUAUUAUCGCUACUUCCCAAUUGGGUACUUUGUUAGGCAUAAAAGGGCGUAGCGAUUCCUUCAUCGACGCUAUCUCGCAAGUUGUCAAGAAUAUAAAUGAAACGAAACCUUGGGAUACGUUGUUAGGGGUGUGCUCGAUGGUGGUGCUGGUUCUUCUCAAGAAGCUGCCCGGCAAGAAGUUGGGAACCCCUCUAGAGAAAUUUAUGUGGCUGGUUUCCCUAGCCAGAAACGCCAUAGUCGUGAUGGUAGGAAUUCUCAUAGCAUACAUGCUAUUCUCUCACGACAUCAAGCCUUUCCAAAUUACGGGCAACAUAACCGAGGGUUUGCCGCCGUUCUCAUUGCCCCCGUUUUCCAUCGUAAGCGGAAACCAUACGUACAGCUUCUUGGAGUUGGUCAACGAACUCGGCAGCAGUGUCAUUUCGGUACCUCUCAUCGCCAUCUUAGAAAGCAUCGCGAUCGCGAAGGCAUUCGCAAAGGGAAAGACACUCGACGCCAACCAGGAGAUGUUGGCGCUGGGCCUUUGCAAUCUUUUCGGCAGUUUCGUCAAGUCAAUGCCUAUCACCGGAAGUUUCACCCGGACGGCAGUUAACAACGCCUCCGGUGUCAAAACGCCCAUGAGCGGCCUGAUUACUGGCGGUUUGGUGCUUUUGGCAUGCGGCUUAUUGACGUCCACCUUCACGUACAUUCCCAAAGCCACAUUAGCGGCUGUCAUCAUAAUCGCCAUGUACUAUAUGUUCGAAGUGAACAUCUUCGUCGUUCUUUGGAGAACGAAAAAAAUCGAUCUGGUGCCGUUGACGGUGACGUUAUUAUGUUGCUUGGCGGUCGGUUUGGAGUACGGUAUGAUCGCCGGGAUUGCGGUAAAUCUAAUUCUCUUACUCUAUUUCGCGGCUCGGCCUGGUCUAUUGAUCGAGGAGCGGAUCGUCGAUGGUUUGACCGUGCUCUUCGUAUCGCCCAAGCAAUCCCUGAGCUACCCGGCCGCGGAGUACCUUCGAGAGCGAGUAAUGUCGUGGUGCGACAAGAGGCCAGGAAACUUACCGGUAGUUGUGGAGGGCCGUCACGUGCUGAGGAUUGAUGCUACAGUAGCGAAGAACCUUACGCUGCUGCUGACGGAUCUGGCGGCCAGAGAUCAGAAGCUCGUCUUUUGGAACUGGUGCGAAGACGCCAGGCGGACUUUGAUACGUUACGAACCGUCCCUCGCGACAUACUGCAGGUCGUCUGGCAGCAUGGCGCAGAUAUUCUCAGGCGAUAUCGUGAUACGCUGAUCAAUCCGACGGAGUUAUAAUGCCACGACGUACGCGCGUCCCCACCAUGUUUUGUAGAAUAAAUUACUUAGAUGUCAGUUAUUCGACUUUUUUAAUCGCUACGGUAAUGUAUGUAUGACCCAACGUUAAUACGUAAUGACAUUAAACGUGUGUUCUACGUGUUAAACGUAACAUCCUAAAACGAUGUCGUAAGCCAUCAUCUUAUUUUCCACGUAUUCACAACGACCCUCUCGUGCACUCGAUAGCCAAGUUUAUGCACGCGCGAGCUCGCGCGAGCGAUAAUGUGUUCGACCAGGAAAUAUGUAAAUUAUUGACAAUAUUAUUUUUAUCGUCGGAAAAGGGACGAGGAAGACGGGUCGCAUCAACCGCGGCGGGUUAUUGCCCUUUAUUUUUAUCACGUCUCUUUGUAGGACGAGCUAUCUCUUUCUAGGGCAAUCGAGGCUACACGAGGAGAUGAUCAAUGUGAAAUUUCAAAGAAGAACUCCGCCGACGCGACUGGUAUUUUAAUCUACCGAAAAGCACCAGAGAUUCCCCCCUCUCU